AUGUCUAGUGCAGCUGAUCAUCAACACUUGAGAAGCUCAUCAACAAGCUCGUCAAGACUUGAUUUGUCCUCACUUCCAGAUGUGCAUUCGAGACCAUCAUCACAACUCGACAUUACAAUACCGAACAAGAAGGAUCUGAAGGGUCUACCCUCGUUAAGAAGUUCAAAAACACCCGAAAGUAUAUCAUUAUCGUAUGAAAAAGAUUUGAGGAUUGAAACCCCAAAAACUGAGAAGGCCAUAUUUAAUACUGGCGAGUAUGGCAUGGUUGAUCUGAGGUUUCCCAAUGUACGUGGAGGAAAACCACCGUCAGCAAAACGAGGAACACGUCGCUUACUUUCAGCCGGUACCGCCAUGCGAAGAAGUAUGAACUGUAUGGACAAUAAUGAGUAUGAAGUUGACUAUGACAGUUUAGAAGAAGAGUUGUUUGCACCCGAACUUUCAUCAUUUACUCUUUCUCAUAAUCAGCUCGUAGAGUCUUGUUGGGAUUAUUUACAAAAAACAAAUCUUGGUAGCGACCAACAAUUUAAACAAGCCAUGGACCUUGGAACUCAGCCCAGAAGAAAUUUAAGAGAAAAUGAUAUUUAUGAUGACAUUCAGAACAUGAUUCUAUCCAUGAAGUGUGAUGAGGAAAAGCAAGAAAUGGAUUUAGAAAAUAAGAAGAAGAAAGAUCAAAUUAAGAGAAAGCAAAAGAAAAAUGCAAGUGUAAGGAAACAAGUUGACGAGAGACUUAAAAUUUUGUAUCAUAAUCCUGAUGAGCUUGAAAGGUUAGAGAAGGAUAUUUAUCUAUACGAAAAACAAACAAAGGAAGCAGAACAAGAUAAAAAGAUGCAAAUGAUUCAUGUGAACAGAAAUAAGAAGGUACCAGAAAAUUUCAAAGAAACCAGAAUGCAACAAUUAAAAGAGGCAUUUAAAAAACGAAACGACAAGAUUGCACAAGCUCAAGAAAAGAAAGAAAAAUUAACGAAAGAAUUCCAAGAUAGAAAAGAAAAUCUUGCCCUAAAGGAUGAAAAGAGAAGGUUACUGGCUGAGUACAACAGACAAGAAAAUGAAAAUAAGGCCAAAGACGCAGAAUUGUACUCCAAAUGGUCGUUCUUUGUGUGUUUGUUGUCAAGAUUUUUAAUUUUUGCAAGAGAGCUCCUGAGAAGACGAUAUUUAAGGAAAGAGGAAGAAAAAUUCAAGAGGGUUAAAAAGAUUUCCUACACCAGUUUGAUGCCAGUAAUUUGGGCUAAAAGAAGUCAAAAAUGGAAGCAAGCCUGGGAUGAUUUUAAAAAGCACUGGAUAUUCUACCGUCUUUGGAUUGGUGUAAAGAAAAAGAAGGAAUCCACAAUGAUUAUCAAGUCAUUCCUCAGAGAGACCAACAUGUCUUUCCAAAUCGUCAGACAAGUUCAUUUGUUUUGGAGCAAAGUGAUCAAGGUGCAACGCUUUUUGCGAAAGUGGCACCAAAUUAAGCAAAUGCAAAUAAUGAUACAAGUACUGCAGUAUUCUAUCGUCGAAGCCAAAAUGCUUCGUGGAAUUCCAUUGAAAGGCGAAGUUGUUGAACCACCUAAAAAGAAGAAGCUUCCUCCGAAUGGUGUUAUACCUCUUAAUCGUAGACCCUCUUCACAGCUUUCAAGCCCCAUGCUGCUUCGAGAAGAGAGCAAGCUUGCUGUAACUCCAACUCUUGAUGAUCCUAUUGAUAACAUGGAACGUGAAGAUAAAUUCAGAUUCCGACUCUUGAGAAUGCCUCUAGAAAUUAAGAAAGAAAUCAUUUCUAGUGACCUUAAACAACGAAGAAAAGAGUACAUUACAGCACAGAAAAUUUAUAAGAAUAAGUUACAACAAUACGAAAGAAGAGUUCAACAACUCAUGUACAUUUUACAAGCCAAGAGCGCUCUUAGUGGUGGUGCAGCCUCCAUUGAUCCUUCGUCCAUUCGAGACGAAAACGGAGAAAUUAUUGAAAAACCCAAACCACCCUAUUUGAAGGUUGUUUUGAGUGAACUUGAAAUGAAGAGAUUGGUUAUCAUUGGAAAUAAGAGAUUGAAAGAUAUUGAAGACAAUGAACGGCAACGUGUCCUUGCAAAUUAUGUGGAGUUUAGUGAAAAGCAAAAUGAGUUGGAUAUGUUCAGAGAGGAAUGGGAGCUCAACGUAGCAAAUGGUUUUGACGAGUUGAAGAGAGUCUUGGGUGGCUCUUUCUUUGCACAUGAGCAAUUGCUAAUGGCUCCCUUUGAGCUGUACAAGAAGCCUGAAUCAGAAACGCCCACAGGUUCCUCUCCAAUUUCCAUGCAUUCCAAAACACCAUCUCUUCCUCGCUCCUAUACCAACAGCCCUGUCAAUUAUUUGGCGAAACAACAAACCAAAAAGGCCCUGAGUGGAAGCAAGUCUGUCAUUCCUCCAAAAGGGGUUGCCCCAGCAAAGAGUGUUGUUAAUUUGGUGAAGCGGUAA